GCAACUGAAGUUUCCCUGUUCAGUUGAAGAUUGCUAUGGUGUAACUGAAGUUGUAUUUCUCCCCCCACCUCCCCACUCCCUUUCAUGUUCAGUCAGAGCAGUAGUGUAGAUUUGAUAGAAAUUGCCAUUCUCCCGUUCCUUGGACUAUCUGAACCUGUAGAGGAUACCACAGCAAUGCUGGACUGCAGCGACUACGUUCUAGACUCAAGAAUGAACAAUCCGUCAGAAACCAGUAAACCAUCGAUGGAGAGUGGGGACGGGAACACAGGCACGCAAACAAAUGGCCUGGACUUUCAAAAGCAGCCUGUGCCUGUCGGAGGAGCAAUCUCUACAGCCCAGGCCCAGGCCUUCCUUGGGCACCUUCAUCAGGUCCAGCUCGCUGGAACAAGUUUACAGGCUGCUGCUCAGUCCUUAAAUGUACAGUCUAAAUCUAAUGAAGAAUCUGGGGACUCUCAGCAGCCAAGCCAGCCUUCCCAGCAGCCUUCAGUGCAGGCGGCCAUACCCCAGACCCAGCUCAUGCUGGCCGGAGGACAGAUCACUGGGCUCACGUUGACGCCAGCCCAGCAACAGUUAUUGCUCCAACAGGCGCAGGCCCAGUUGCUGGCGGCUGCAGUGCAGCACUCAGCCAGUCAGCAGCACAGCGCUGCUGGUGCCACCAUCUCGGCCUCUGCUGCGACGCCGAUGACGCAGAUCCCUCUAUCUCAGCCAAUACAGAUUGCACAGGAUUUGCAGCACUUGCAGCAGCUUCAGCAGCAGAAUCUCAACCUGCAACAGUUUGUGUUGGUGCAUCCAACAACCAACUUGCAGCCAGCACAGUUCAUCAUCUCACAAACGCCGCAGGGGCAGCAGGGUCUCCUGCAAGCGCAGAAUCUCUUAACGCAACUACCUCAGCAAAGCCAAGCCAACCUCCUGCAGUCUCAGCCAAGCAUCACCCUUGCCUCGCAGCCAGCAACCCCAACACGCACAAUAGCAGCGACCCCCAUUCAGCCACUUCCACAGAGCCAGUCAACACCAAAGCGAAUCGACACUCCCAGCUUGGAGGAGCCCAGUGACCUUGAGGAGCUUGAGCAGUUUGCCAAGACUUUCAAACAAAGAAGGAUCAAACUUGGAUUCACUCAGGGUGAUGUUGGGCUCGCUAUGGGCAAACUCUAUGGAAAUGACUUCAGCCAAACUACCAUCUCUCGCUUUGAAGCCUUGAACCUCAGCUUUAAGAACAUGUGCAAGUUAAAGCCACUUCUGGAAAAGUGGCUCAAUGAUGCAGAAAACCUCUCAUCUGAUUCAACUCUCUCCAGCCCAAGUGCCCUGAAUUCUCCGGGGCAAGGGAUCGAAGGCUUGAACCGUAGGAGGAAGAAACGCACCAGCAUAGAGACCAACAUACGUGUGGCCUUAGAGAAGAGUUUCCUGGAGAACCAAAAGCCUACCUCGGAUGAGAUCGCCAUGAUAGCUGACCAGCUAAACAUGGAGAAGGAGGUGAUCCGCGUUUGGUUCUGUAACCGGCGCCAGAAGGAGAAAAGGAUCAACCCACCCAGCAGUGGUGGAACCAGCAGCUCGCCCAUCAAAGCAAUUUUCCCCUGUCCAACCUCACUGGUGGCAACCACGCCAAGCCUUGUGACUAGCAGUGCAGCUACAACCCUGACUGUCAACCCCGUGCUCCCUCUGGCCAGUCCUGCUGUCACCAGUCUGUCAGUCACAGGCACUACAGAAACCACCUCCAACAACACAGCAACAGUGAUUUCAACAGCACCUCCAGCUUCUUCAGCAGUGACAUCACCCUCCCUGAGUCCUUCCCCUUCUGCCUCAGCCUCCACUUCAGAGGCAUCCAGUGCCAGUGAGACCAGCACAACACAGACAACCUCCACUCCCUUGUCCUCCCCCCUUGGGACCAGCCAGGUGAUGGUAACGGCAUCAGGGUUGCAAACAGCGGCAGCGGCCGCGUUACAAGGAGCUGCACAGUUGCCUGCAAAUGCAAGUCUUGCUGCCAUGGCUGCUGCAGCAGGACUAAACCCAGGCUUGAUGGCAUCCUCGCAGUUUGCAGCUGGAGGUGCCUUACUCAGUCUCAAUCCAGGGACAUUAGGUGGUGCUCUCAGCCCGGCCCUGAUGAGCAACAGUACACUGGCAACUAUUCAAGCUCUUGCAUCUGGUGGCUCUCUUCCAAUAACAUCACUGGAUGCAACUGGAAACUUGGUGUUUGCCAAUGCUGGAGGUACCCCUAACAUCGUCACUGCCCCUCUGUUCCUGAACCCUCAGAACCUUUCUCUGCUCACCAGCAACCCAGUUAGCUUGGUCUCUGCAGCUGCAGCCUCCGCAGGGGCCUCUGGACCAGUCGCCAGCCUUCACGCCACCUCCACCUCAACCGAGUCCAUCCAGAACUCUCUCCUCACCGUGGCCUCUGCCAGCGGGGCCACAUCCACCACCACUACUGCCUCCAAGGCACAGUGAGCUGGGCUGGGCUGUGCUCCAGCAGCCUGGGUCACUGUGCGCUGGGAUCGGCUGCCAGCCCGGUCGAUGAACUGAAAAUGCCAUGGGCAUCUCUCGCCGUGUUGCUGGGGACAAGAGAGAGAGAGAGAAAGAGAGAGAGAGAAGGAAAAAUAUUUAAAAAAACAAAAAAACAAAAAAAAAACCACAAAAAAAAGGAGAAAAAAAAAAACAAAAGCAAAACAGGAAGGAUUUAAAGCUGGGACAGACAUUUGCCUAAUUUUAUAAUAAACACUGUCUUUUCAGGAUCGCUUCAUGGAUCGGAGAACUUUCUAACCAAAAAUGUAAAAAAAAAAAAAAAACCACAAAAAAACUAAAAACCACAAAAACACAAAAAAAGUGAAAGGACUACUUAUCAUUUCCAGCAGUCACAAUGACAAGUUAAGGUGGGUUAUCAGUUCAAACAUAGGAAGGGGAUUUCUUGGUUUUUUUGGUCUAAAUAUCUUUCUUUUUUAAUUAUCAUUUUAUAGGUCUGUUGUACAGGCCAUUAUGUCAUACAAGGUGUUUAUAAUCGUAUCAAUCAUGUUGGGGGUUCCUUUCUUAACUGGUACAAUUUAGGCAGGCCUGUAUUACUGGUGUAUCUCUAUUAUUAUUAUGAUUAUUAUUAUUAUUAUUAUUUUUAUAUAUAUAGUUUGGACGCGUUUGUCUUUCGCUCCUGGAUUAUUUUCAGCGAGCUCCCACACCAUGGGGCAGGGCGGGGGGUGGAGAGGAAGAAUGGAGCACAAAUAGACUUUCUGUCCUAAUCUUCUGGAAAAGUUCUGAACAGUUUCCUCAUCCUUGAAUUUGUCUAAUGCCUACUUGUAGGGGUCAGAAGAAUUUAUGUUCAACCUUUGUGCAGGAAGCUCGGUGCAGCAGCAGAGAUCAUUGUGUGCAAACUUCCAGGUUGGUCUCUGCUUUUUAAGCAGAGGUAGGAAUUAGCUCCGAACUGCCACUGUCCUUCUCUCAAAUGUUUAGACAAAAUGGCCAAAUUCUGCUCUUAGCUUCGUGUGCUUGGUUCCUUUUACUUCAUGUGACCUCCCGAGUGUGGAUUGUGUGACAGUACUGAUGGCUCUUCUGUUCCAGUGAUUUCAUUUUGCUGUGCAAGACCACACACAAAUAUUUAAAAAACAUCAUGACCCAGGCUAAUUGGCAGCAUGUGAAUCAGAUUUUACAGUCCUAGAUACCCUCUAGGUGAGUUGGUACCGGAUUUCAGAAGGUCAAUUCUCCCCUUUCAUAGCAAUAUUCCUUUUCUGAUGCUUCCAACACUAUUUAGAAGAGCUUCCUAGU